GGAAAAGGAAUUCGAAAUCGAAUUAACAAUUAGCACAAGAAAUCAAAUGAAUGAAAAUCUUCUCUCAACAUUUGGCAUGAGCAUGACGUUGUCCGAACCGUCAAUCGCCUGGCGCUAAGUCGAGCCGCCGCCGGAAAGAACACGUAGACCCACAUCAAGAGCUGUAAGCGUAAGUGUUAGAGCCUGAACACGUGAGAACGAAAGGAGAGAGGAACCACGUCAAGGUUGAAGGUUCUGAAAGUUCUCAAAUCGGUCCAAUGACUGAGUUCACUGCCUAGAGUCUGUAAAGUCGUACCAAAGUGUUCAAAGGGUUCAAGUCGUGAUCUUGCUCACGACGAGCUUAUGAAGACGAGACACAAAGACGCGAGGAUCUGGAUCGGGUGGAACAUCGAGCGUACUGACAUUCCCCCCCCCAAGAGCAAGCCGUUUUCAAAAUUUCAAGUCGCAAAAGCUUAAACAAGCAAAAAUCACUACCCCCCCCGGACCUUAAAUAGGUCGGGAUCAGGAUAGAUCACAAAUUAUCCCCAAAGACAGGAUGCGACCAGGGCUACGGCAUAGAAAAGCUCAAGAGGUUUCAAAAAUCCUCGAAAAGCGUCUACAUUUCCCAAAGUUCUUCAGCAUCGAAAAGAAGAACGGGAACGCCAACAAGAGCGAAGCAGCAGUCUGCUUCCUCUGCUUCUUCCUGCUUUGCCUGUUUCAAAAGUUUUCUCUUGUUGACCAUGUUGGGAUUGUGGUGAAAGACAUGGUCUCUAACUUCGCGCGGAAGACUGUUCUUUGUGAGACAGUCAGCCUUCAUGUGCUCAGUGGGACAGUAGUUAAUGCGAUCACAUUGAUUCAUCGGCAACUUUGUGGUAGCGAAGAGCAACGUGGCGGCUGCGUGGGCGCUGUGCGUCGCCUGGCGUCUUCGCGACCUUGGUGGCGGUCUGGUUGUCGAUCCAAAGGUCUUCUUCCGGCUCGCGGUUUUCGAAGAAGCCCUUGAAAGUGCAAGUCUCUGACAUGAUCAAUCCAUCAGAACCAGCGACGAACUCAGCAGCAAAAGUUGAGUCGGCGCGCACUGUUUGUCGUGCUGUUUUCCACAUGAUCGGAACUCCUUUGUAAUACAAAAUAGCGCCUGAAGUGGAUUUCAAAGUGACAAAGCAAGAGGCAAAACUUGCGUCAGUGAAAAGGUUCCAAUCUUUAAUCUUUUUACCCUUUUCAAGCAAAGACCCAGAAAUCUCCUGAAACUUUUUCUCGUUCUCUGGGGAAUACUCCAGACCAACGUCAGGAGUGUGGAUCAAAUACCGAAGCACUUUCUUCACGCACUGGGCAACCUUCUUAGUGCAUGGCUUAGACGCGACUUUGGCAAUGCAGUUGACGGGCUGGGCCACGUCAGCUCUGCAAAUGGUCACGCACCACUGUAAAGCACCAACACACUCCCGCAAAGGAAAUUUGCAUUCCGGGGAAGUUUCAUCAUGCAAGUCGGAUUCUACAAAACACGGGCUGUCCACCUUCUUGCAACCCACCAUGUUAAACUUGGGCGCAAGUUUCUUCUCGAUGUAGCUUCUCAUGCAAACUUUCAAAGUCCUGCGCUUUCGGUUGUAAAGGACAUCCGCACCAAGCUGAUCAUAGAAAAGAUCGCCAUUCUUACGCACCUCGGGCUCGAUGAUUUUGCCCGGAAACGCCUUCAAAACUAUAUCUACUUCAUGCCUAAGCUCAUCCUGGUCGGGGCCGGUAGCGGUGUUGUCAUCUACAUAAACGCCCAACUUCAAAAAUUUUCCUUCAAAAACACCUGAAAGCUUCCGCCAAAGACCUUUCUCGGAUGAUUGUUCCCAGCCAAGUUCGAUGAGUUUCUUUUCAUAGUGCUUCGCCCACAGCCUCGGGGACUGUGGCAGACCAUACAAAGCGCGCACUAAUUUCCUUAUCCCAUCAUCGUUUUCUGCACGCCAUAGGGGCGGAAGUCGGACAAAAAUUUCCGAAUCGAUCAAAGACUGGACAAAUGCGUUGUCAAUGUCAAAAAGGCAAAUGGCAUCACCGUUGGAAGCGGCUUCGGUCAGCAGGUAGCGCGAGGCUCCAAAGCUGAUUACGGGCGCAUAAGCUUCGAGAUCGGAGCCAGGCUUAUACAAAUUUCCGAGAACCACAGCUCGGCACUUGUAUUUUCCACACCUCUUUUUGGAAAAUACAAGGGCAAUCGGAAUAGCGCCCGUUUUCUUGGCGCGCUCCAUCUCUUCGUCGGUUGGUUUCCUCCACGUUUCAAAAGCCUUCAGCUUGCAAUUUUCUUGGUUUGCAGCUUCCAGCCAGUGGGGUCCUUCGGGCGAAUUCAAAACAGCCUUUUGGGCAAAUUGCACAAAGACAUCGGAAACGAUUUCGCCUUCAUCAAAAUCAUGAUACAGAGACUGGGCAAAGAAGCAAUCCUCGAUGCUAUCAGCCAUCUCGGAGAAAAAUGCUUCGCCUUCUUCAUCUGCUGCGAUUUGGGCUUUUGUGUGGCGGACACGCUGUUUGUUGUCCUUCGACCCCUUUGGUCGUCCCCGUUUUCGCCACUGCACUGGCUCCUGCUUCUUGUUCCGACCGUACACGACGUCGGGAAGGUGCUCUUUAGCAGGUUCGGGCGGGGCAGGGGCGGGAGCAGGGUCAUCAUGCAAACUGUCCUCACUGGCAUUUUUCAUAUCUACAUCAACAGGUAGCUCGGGCAAAAGAUCAACAGGAGAGUCAACGGCGUCGGAAAUGUUCUUUUGCGAAGAACUUUUGUUUUCGACAUCCAAAAGUGGUAGAGGAGCUUUGACACCCCCCCCAGAUCCUGAAGCAAUAGAACCACCCAGAUGGGAAGGCACAGGAGCACUAUCCUGCGCAGAAUUGACCACCUGGCUUGUAUCCUUCGGACCACUGAUCGCCCGCAAGAUCUGGUCGUCUGAAACGACAACACCACCGGAGUACCCUGGGCGUAGCGAGUCGAUAUUGUCUAUCAAAACUGACUCCACAAAUUUCACAUUGCGAGUUUCGUACACUGCCCACCUGGUGUCUCCUUUCUUUGUGUAUCUAUCGUCUGCGACGUAACUGCCUACCAGGUAGCAUGAUGAGUUUUCACAGUAUCCCAGAAAGACUCCUUUCACGUACUUCGCUACAAGUUUCUUGACCUCUUCUACUGGUUGCUUCAAGAAAUACGCCAAACAGCCGAAGCGGCGCAUCUUGGAGUCAAAAUCAGAUGUCGUUUUCAUCUCGUCGGGCUCUUGAGGUUCUAAGCGAGAAACUUUUCGGUCAGCUUUCAGUGACUUUCUUGCUGCGCAAGCCUCAAUGGGGGACAUUCCAUUGUACUGAGGUGCUCGCUUGUAGGUUUUUCUUUGAAUCCUGUUCCAGGUGUAAACAAAAUAACUCGCGGCAUAGUCCCAAAGCCUUAAGUCAACACCUACCAAAAUAGCCCUUAGACCGGGACCCAGUGUACCCAUAAAGCGCUCGCACACACCAUUUUGCUGUGGUGUGUAUGGGACAGAGUGCUCCCAGAAAACGGCGAGGUCUUGGAGAGUUGAUUCCCACUUCUGUGCCCUGAAUGCGGGAUCAUUGUCACUGCGAAUGUACCAAGCAACUUUUUCGUUAGUUGCGACACUCUCUGAAGCUCGCAGCUUCAAAAUGAGAUCCUUUGCGACUGCGUAGGCUUGAUUUUUGUGAACCAGAGGGAAUUCGAAAACACGGCCAACAUUGGGGCAAAUGAAAACCAAAAGCCAUGCAUUCCCGGCAACACUGACGGGCUUAACUGGCCCCCAAAAGUCCGCAUCAAGUUGCUUCAAAGGGGCUGGAUCGAUAUACUUCUGUGGUCGUUCUUUUCUACAACCCUUCCUGCGACCCUUUGCGAGAGCGCAUUCCGGGCAGAAGAUAUCUUCCCCUGGCACCCAAAUGUGCCCACGGCGACGAUGCCGGUCAAGCUUGGACAGGUAGCAUAAAUGCUCAAAAUCCUCUACGCGGUCGGCCAAGACGCACUCUAAAUCUGAAUCGUUGUCAACGCGGCGCAUUUUUGUACUGUCGGAAAAGCAGUUUGUCGAUCGCACUAGCGAACUGCUGACAGACCCUGAUGCCUGAUUUAAUUCAUCCCAAGAAAGACUCUCAGCGAGUUCGCGAUACUUAACCUGUUCCCCUUUGCCUCCAAAAAGUAUCCCAUCUGGAAUCCAGGGCAGUUCGGGUGGGGAAUUUUGUAUCGGAAAAACGACCUUUGAAAACCUCGAAGAAAUCGUAGAUGGCUUCCCUGGCUCAUCUAGAUGGACUGCCCAACCUUGGCUGUUGAGGUCAGUCGUCGGCAGCAACCUACGCACUGGAAGCGCUUUGUGAAAAAUUCCAACAUUGUAGCCAAAGGCAUUGGAACGUAGCCGACCUACACGAGGCGGGUCUUUCGCUUUUACCUCUCCACCAACUCCGUUUAUCCUAACCGGGUUGGCCCUAAAGGAGACAAAAUCGGACGCGACUGCAGACACAACGUGCGUCGUGCCUGAGUCCAAAACGUCGCGCGCUAAUCGCGGCUUCUUUUCAAGAUCUGGCCCCUGCGCGAAAAUUUCUGAAAAGAUUGUAGAAUUGAUUUUCACGUCGAAAGUUGGCAUCUUGUGAUCAAUUUCACAUCGUGUCUUUGUGUCGUCGUUCGGAACUACUUCAUUAUUCGCAAAGAAGUAGUAGUUCUCGUCAUCAUCGAAAGAUGAUUCUUGGUCGUUCUUGUUCGUGCACGAUGAACUUGCAAACAAGCUCGAAUCGUGCUUCUCGUUUUCAACAGCAAACUUGUCGUCAUACAAAUUCAAAACAUCCAUUUGAUUCAAAUCAACAAUCGACUCUGCUUCAUCAGCAUCGAAACAUCGAUGGCAAUCCGGGUCGUGGUAAAAGCAAGAUGGUGAUCAGCGCUUCUUCACACCACCUUUCUUGCCGUGCUUGCCGCCGGCCUUCUGCACGCCCUUAUUGUUGCCCUUGCCGUUACCACCGCCCUUCUUACCACCACCUUUGCCACCGCCCUUGCCGCCACCACCACCCUGGUGGUUGUUCUGGUGGUUGUUGUUCUGGGGGUUCUUUUUCUUGUGAAAGCAGUGGCUGGUGUCGUGGUUGGUGUUGGCGCGGCAGUUGGCACACCACAUGUUUCCGGGCUUGAUGGGCUUGCCAUCCGCGGCGCUAAACAGCUGAUGACCACCGAAAAACGCGGAAGCGUUGGCACCACCGUUAUUCAUGUUCUGCAUUUGGUUUUGCAUCUGGAUACUCUGCGCCAUCAUGCUCAUCAUCACCUGCUGACCCUGGCACAACGUGCCAAAAGCCUGCUGAUUGUCCAUCCCCGGGAAAAUGUUGUUGUGGUUGCCGUCGUAGGCAUUGUUGUUGUUGUUGUUGUUCCCCAAGGCCAUGUUGACACGGGCCUGGACCUCCUUCUCUUGGGAUGCCUGUCCGGAGGAGAUAAAGUCCAACACGCGGGGAAUUCCGACAUUCUCCCAGUGCAACUGGGCGUCCGGGGUGGCACGCAGUUCGGACAUGAUCUUGCCCAUGCAGUCCGGGUCCAAAAGGUGUCGCAAGAUGUGGCGCAUGUGGUGUUCCAGCUGGGCACCGACCGGGAUGUAGUUGGGAAUUUUCAAAGCCAAACUGUACUUGUCCCAAAUCCACAACGUGAAGUCCGGGGUGUCCUUACCGCCCAAAGUAAAUUUUUCCGUGGUGAACUUCGCGAACAUAGCAGCUUGGUCGAUCUGGUUGUUCUCCUGGCCCCACUGACGCUUCAAAAAGCGGAAAACUUGCAGAGCGCCAGUUCGUUGGGCACCCUGGACCAAGAGAAGCGCGUCACCCUGGAUUGCGGCGGUAAAAGCGGACUCCAAAUUGUCCCAGCCUGGCUUGUUGGCGGGCGGUCAAAGCGGGCUGAAAAUCCACCAAGUUGUCGUCUGCCAUAAAGGCAGCCCAUUGGGCGGGGACCUUGACGACGUUGAUGAUGUUGCUGCGCAAACGCCAUUCAAAAGUCUCCCACUCGGCCUUCUUGUGGAUCGGCACGAGCUCGACCUUCGCGCCCGAAUUCGCCAUGUUGUCAAAUUUGUGCUGUUGAAGUCCCGCUCUGUGGGUGGUCGGGACGUGGUAGUUGUUUGUCUUGAGGAUUGCCCGCGGCCAAUCACCAACGCAAAAUGGAAAAGAAGGGAAAAAAAAAAUGUUUCUGCGUCAAGCUCUAGGCAGAAUGUUAGAGCCUGAACACGUGAGAACGAAAGGAGAGAGGAACCACGUCAAGGUUGAAGGUUCUGAAAGUUCUCAAAUCGGUCCAGUGACUGAGUUCACUGCCUCGAGUCUGUAAAGUCGUACCAAAGUGUUCAAAGGGUUCAAGUCGUGAUCUUGCUCACGACGAGCUUAUGAAGACGAGACACAAAGACGCGAGGAUCUGGAUCGGGUGGAACAUCGAGCGUACUGACAGUAAGUGAGUGGACGCCGAAACAAUGCCAUCCGUGGCUAAGGACCAUAGCUCCUCUGGGCCAGCGCCGCCCACGCAGAUCCAGGUCAUCCCGAAGAAGAAGGAUGCCAGUGGGCACUUGCGAGCGACGCCGUGGGAUCCCUGGGACCUCCGGGACUUUGACGCGACGCUGGAGCUCGUGUACCCCACGCAGAUGGAAAUCCCGGACGAGCCCCCCUCGGACUUGCAGAUGCCGGUAUCCGAAGAAUACGAGUAUUACCGGCUGCUCAGUCAGAAGAAUUUACUGAAAAUCCGGGACCUAAUGUCGCGGGUGUCCGAGCACGAUUUUCACAACCUGCUCGGCAGGAGGUUUCAGUUUGAGCUGGACAUGCAGCUGAGCAAGUGCUUCGACGAGUGCAGUAAGUUCCUCUGCGAAUACAUCCUGGACGUGAUCAGCCGGUACUUUCAGGGAAAAAUGCUCUCCGACAAGGUGAAAAAAGAGUGCGACGCGAAAUUAGCGGACAACGGGGCGCAAUUGCAGGCGGCUAUUGCGGAUUUCGAGGCGAAGCGGAAGCAUUUAGAGGAGGUGGAGAUCAAGCAAAGGAAAGGGUUUCUGAAGGAAACUAUGGCGUUAAGAGAGGCGUUGAAGAAAACAAAAUACGACGGCGACCCCGUGGCGAACGCAAGCGAAGUGCCGAUGUACUACGAAAGUCAGGAGGACCUGAAUCCGGAUAUCAAGGAGCUUGUGAACGCACUAGUGCAGGAGCAACUGCAAUUGCAAGAGGAGGCGAGCGCAAAACAAAAGGAAAAAAUGAGGUACUGAUUUUCAUUUUUGUUGGGACAGAAACUGAAUGAAAAUACGUUUGGAAGUUCUGAUCUUUCUGAUAAAAAAGUGCAUGAUGGAGAUGGGCGGGCGUCUUUGCAGCUGCUCGGAACACGAAAGGAAAGCCUCCUCCAGUGUACUGGAGCCAUUUUUUUUGAAAUAAUUCCAACAGGGCCCAAUUCCACGCGGAGCACGAAGAGCAAAACUUCGCCAGCCAGCAGGCCGACAUCAAAGAGCUGAUGCAGCAGCUGCAGAAGGCAAAGGACCAGCGGGAUCAGGCCAAGGAAGUCGCGAACGAUCUGCGGGAGGAGAUUGAUAAGAUGCGAAGAGACCUGAAAGACACGCAGCAGAAGCUGCAAGUCUCCGAGGCCGAGGUCGCGGAAGGCGGCGCGCGCGGGAGAAGUAGCGCGCAGUCCGCGCGGGCGGAACAGGCGGCCGCCAUGAAAGCCGAGCAGAUGGCGGACGAACUGGCAAUGCUCAAGCGGCAGCUCCAAGAAACGCAGGAGGAGAACGUGUCUAUGAAAGCGGCCGUGGAGGCAGGCGGAAAGGCCGGUGGUGCGGCAGGCGGGAAAGCUGGCGAGCCAACCAUGAACGAGAUGAAGUUGGAAUUGGAGAAGAUGAAACGACAGCUAAACCGGGCGGAAGAGGAGAAAGCGGCGAUGAAACUGCACGCGGCAGAAGAGGUAGCGGCCGCGAAGAAGUCCGCCGCGGACGCGUCAAGACAGGCCGCUGCCGCCGAGCAAGCGGCGGCCGCCGGGGGCGCGGGAAAAAGAGGCGGCGCGGGCGCGGCGGCGCAGGGUGACCUCAGUCCCAGCGCCAUCACAGACCCAGUGCAGUCGCACGCGCGGAUCAAAGACCUCGAGGAGCAACUGCGGCAGCGAGACGCGAAGAUCGCAAAGUCGGAACAGAAGAAGGAGACGGAAUCGAAAGACCUCGCUGCGAAGACGGAGGAGGUGCAGCAGCUGCAGGUGGCGCUGGAGGAACUGCGUCUCCGGGUCGUGAAUUUGAAGGAUCUCUUGAAGAAGGCUGGCGUCGAAACGUCCGCCAUGAAGGACGCAGGCUUGGACGACGUAAUCCAGGGCGGCCCCGCGGGGAAGUCAAUCGGCUACGACAAGUACAAAUUCUGGAAAACCUGGGACCGGCUGUACCAGGACGCGCGGGACCGGAUCGUGCGGUUACAGCAGCAACAACAGGAGGCCUGGAACGAAAAGGAGAAGAUCUUCCUGCAGAUCUACUACAGCAUCAUGGGCGAGGAAUACACAAAGGAAAAGGCGGAAGCACUGAAGGGAGAUCCCUACCCCGCCUCGCCCCACGCGUCGCCAAGGACUUCGCCGUAUGAUGUUUUCUCUCGAUCUUUUUGUUCGGAUGCUGGUGCCCGACUAAGUGAAAUGUUUUUCAACGUGUUUGUAGACGUAUGCCUGGUUUGUUCGAAAUUUUGGUUGAAGACCUUGCAUUCAUUUUAUCCACAACAGUGGCGCCGUCAUCAAGAGGCACAAGGCGUUUUCGAAGCUGUUGUAUGGAAAGAUGUCACCAAAUCUGGCCCGCGCAGACUACGAAGAAUGGAAGGCCGACGUGGAGUGGGCCAAGGAAAGUCCGCGCGAGGCCACGACAAGCACGGUGGAAGAAGAUGUUUCCUUUGCAGGACCCGGCGACGUCAUCCAGGGUGCCAUUGGAAGCACGCCGAUUAAGAGCCCGAACAGGACGAGGGUAUUUCUAGCGAUUCGCUAUGCUGCACAACAAGAAAGAUUGAUGCGCAGAAGGUGUUCAAUUAUGAAAUUCAAAACCAAAAGUCGAAGCUCUCUUCGACGAACCUUUCAAAUGAAAUUCUAACCAGGAUAAUUUCCAGCACCGGAAGGAUGCCUCUGGUCGCUGGGUGGGUCCGCCCAUACCGAACAAAUUCUCGCCGAAGCCGAAGUCGGACGGAAAAUCGUUCGUGAUCGAAUCUUCGCGCGUAGGGCAGAAAUUGCACGGGAAACUCGGUGUGAAGGAGUACUCCUCCACAGGAAAGGUCGUCGACGCGAACUUUGUCGAGGAGAGCUACCAGAUCACACAGAAAAUCUCCCCGCGGGAAAAGGCGCGGAAGUCCGAAGGCACGCGCGCCCGGGGGUCGCCGCCGCGAUUCGCGCCACACAUGCACGAAGGACCCGUGGUGCAGAGCCCGAAGAUGUUCGAGAUCGAACUGCAGCCGCCCGGCAGCCGCCAGCAGCGCAACAUGGUCACAGAAAGAGAGCAAGAGGCGGCCAUGAGGUCGUCACACGGAGGAAGUGUUUCACAAACCUCGUCCCCCGCACGCACGCGGAUGGACGGCUUCAACCGUAAGAAAGUGCCGCCACUCAACGUGACGUCGAGCAGCGAAGUGAAGGAAGGCGAGAUUACCACAUUAGACGCGCUGCGCGCCUACGUUAAAAGUCCGUCAGGGAAGAGUAGCAGCCCCAUGCACACGACUUACGAAAAGAAAGCGCCGCUGGUGUACGUGAAAGGUACAUUCAUACGGACGAAUUCUUAUUCUUACGUCGGUGAUUUUAUCAUGCGGGCAGCAGUGUUGUGAGAGAGUGAAGACCAAGACGUGCACGUUCCAUCACUCAAUUUUGCGAUGAUAAUGGCGCCUGUGUCUCUUUUGAAAUGAGCAAAAUCACAUCAAAUUUGAAAUUCAGGCGUGGAGCGGCGGGGACACUCGCAUUCGCGAUCGCCGCGAAGUGACCGACAGCGAGCCAGCGAUAUUGCACUGGAACAGGCAGCGUACGGAGAGAAAGUGUCGCCGAUCAAGAGCUUUGAGAAAACCAUGGCGAAAGCCUCGGUGACGGAUCCACUAGGGUUGAAGGAGCAGGCUGUGGAACGGGCGAAGCGCGAAAGUGCUUAUCAGGCCGCCGCCGUUAAUCUUGCAGCAGCGGAGCAGCACCAGACCAGCGAGAUGCGGGAGGCCGCUGAGCUGGUACCUUUGUUUGAUGUGUGAUCCUCGCUUGUUUUUUGUUGUACGUUCAAAAUCUUUAUCUUGUCGUGUAUUUCGAUCGUAAGUAUGCAGACUUACUUUCAAAUUCAAUUUCCUCCAGGCCGCGGCGCAGCACCUAGCCCGGCAAUCGCUGGCCAACUCGCUUGCGGAAGGGCUUCUCGUCCCGGUGGCCAAGGUCGGAGACCAGAACACCGUCCGCGUGCCCGGUAAAACCGUGGGCGCUGUCGCACCCUCAAGUAGCCAUUUCAUCGGCAUUGAACGACCGCCAGGGCGGCGGGUCCGUUCCAAGGAGGGCGGCGGGCCGUCGGGGAAGAAUUCCAAGCACAGCACGCAGUCGGAAUUUAGCCCUCCGCGGCAAGUGCUGCAGCAGACGGAGGCCAGCGGGAAACCGCUGAAAGCGGCAGGACAAUCUUCGGGCACGAUAAUAACUCUGAAUGACCCCUUCGCUAUGGGGGACCAGCAACAUCAGCCGGCGAGCACGAAGAAUCAAGACAAGAAAAAGGUUGGUUUGAGCGCCGCGGAGGCAGAGGAGCUACAGGAACAGCAGCUGGAUAUGGUCAUGAUGCAACGCGAUGCGCCUCGGGGAGGGAAGGUUUUGCACUCCCAAAGCAACUCCCCCAGAGUGAACCUGGAUGCUGCGAGCAAGUACUUACUAACUUCUAUCGGUUUUGCUUUCGACAGCGUUGUUGGCUUUCCCGACGUCCGAAGUAAGUUAGUGUGAAAUAAAACUUUGUGCAAACUAAAGUUUAGCAUGACAUCCAAAAUCAAAGGUGGAUCCGUCUGGAGCCGCCUGCUUACGUAUCUCCGCAUGAGUCCAGGGAUCCAUCGAAGUCACCGCGUCGGGACGGCACGGGUCACCUGCAGCCACUGAAUCUACACGAGGUGCCGGCUCCGCCAAACUCCAUCCGCGUGGAGGGCCACAGUCCCCGACCCGGCCAAGCAAAGAAGCCGAAACCCCCCGAAGAUCAGACAGGAAAGGAGUUUCCGUAAUAGUCACAUCUUGUGUGAUGACAAUGACUCAAUUCGGGUUUGCGGUGGUUCUGCUUUUGCAUAAAAUGUAUGAUCUUCCCACAACUGAUUAUCUGAAUCAGUGACUGUGACAGAAAGUUCUUUUUGCAGGAAUGUAAUUGAAGCCAUUGUAAUUGAGGUAAACCAAAGGACGCUUGCGUUUCAAUAAAAGUUUCAAGUAUCAGCAGACUCCCUAAGAACAGAGCCCCUGCAAGAUCACUCACAGGAAUAUCCCCAUUCCUGCGGCAAUAUUUUACCCGUUGUUUGUACCAGACGAGCCACCUCCCAGAAAAUUCAAAUUUUGCAUCGGACGAAAUAAAAUACUUGCGGAAGCCAAGACAAGCUUUCCGUGUUCUGUGAAUCUAGCAUGUACUGAAGAAUUAAGUAUUGCUUCAAAGAGAGAUCGCAACGAAAACCGGCAGCAUGAGAGAGAAUCGAGGGCG